CUCUAUAAAAAUAAGUCAACAAUCCGGUUAUUUACCAUCUAUUGUUGCAGGCUCGGCUAGCGAUUAAGUUGCGCCAAGUGUUGUGUGCUCUACGUGCUGUACUAUUGUGCCUUUUUCUAGUGGGUCGUCCGCUUCCGUUGUUUCAACGACAUUCGUCUCCAGUGUUGUGACAGUGAAAAACUAAAACCCAUCCACGAUGUCGCGCAAUCCGGCCGAAAACCAGCUGAACGCUUACCGUGAUGCCCAAAAGGAGAAGACGACGGCUACCAUGAGCCAUGGUGCUCCAGUCGGUACGAAGACCGCCACGCAAACGGCCGGCCCCCGUGGUCCAGUACUGCUGCAGGACGUUCACCUUAUCGACGAGCUGGCCCACUUCGAGCGCGAGCGUAUUCCGGAGCGUGUUGUGCACGCUAAGGGUGCCGGUGCCUUCGGCUACUUCGAGGUCACGCACGACAUCACCAAAUACUGUGCGGCGAAGCUGUUCGAGAAGGUUGGCAAGAAAACGCCAAUGGCCAUCCGCUUCUCGACCGUCGGUGGUGAGAGCGGUUCCGCCGAUACGGCGCGCGAUCCGCGCGGUUUCGCCGUCAAGUUCUACACGGACGAUGGUGUGUGGGAUAUGGUGGGCAACAAUACGCCCAUCUUCUUCAUCCGUGAUCCGAUCAUGUUCCCGAGCUUCAUCCACACGCAGAAGCGCAACCCGGCCACACAUCUGAAGGAUCCGGACAUGUUCUGGGAUUUCAUUUCCCUCCGGCCAGAGACGACGCACCAGACCAUGUUCCUGUUUGCCGACCGUGGCCUUCCCGAUGGUUACCGUUUCAUGAACGGAUACGGUUCGCACACGUACAAGCUGGUUAACGCUGACGGUAAGCCAGUGUACUGCAAGUUCCACUUCAAGACGGACCAGGGCAUCAAGAACAUGGAUCCGGCCCGCGCCGAUGAGCUGUCGGGUAGCGAUCCGGACUACGCGAUUCGCGAUCUGUACAACGCGAUCGCCAAGAAGGACUUCCCUAGCUGGACGCUCAAGAUCCAGGUGAUGACCUUCGAGCAGGCCGAAAAGGUACCGUACAAUCCGUUUGAUCUGACCAAGAUCUGGCCGCAGGCCGAUUUCCCACUGAUUCCGGUCGGUCGCAUGGUGCUCGAUCGCAACCCGAGCAACUACUUCGCGGAGGUGGAACAGGCAGCAUUUGCUCCUUCCCAUCUUGUGCCCGGUAUCGAACCAUCCCCGGACAAGAUGCUGCAGGCGCGUCUCUUCGCUUAUGCUGACACGCACCGUCAUCGCAUCGGUGCCAACUAUUUGAUGCUGCCGGUCAACUGCCCUUACCGGGUGCCCGUCCGCAGCUAUCAUCGCGACGGACCGAUGAACAGUACCGACAACCAAGGCGGUGCUCCGAACUAUUUCCCGAACUCUUUCAGCGGUCCGCAGCCGUGCCCAGUCGCGCAUAAGCUGCAGAACUCACAGCUGAAGCUGUCGGGAGAUGUGGACCGCUAUGAGGUGACGGAUGACGAUGAAUUCUCCCAGCCGGCUGCAUUCUACCGUCGCGUGCUGGAUGAGGCUGGCCGUAAGCGCAUGACUAACAACAUUGUGGCGCACUUGAAGAAUGCUUCACCGUUCCUGCAAGAACGUGCGGUGAAGAAUUUCGCCAUGGUCGAUGCUGAUUUUGGACGUCAAAUUGCUGAGGGCCUGAAGCUGCACCGUUCGGCCAGUUUGUAAAAAAAAAUGUUGGCUUGAUCAACGCGUGCGUAGCAUUCGGAAUCGGUUUUACAUUACGGAUCAUGCACCGGUAAAAUAGCACAAACAUUCGUUAUAAUAUCGGAAAGGGGGCCGGCCUCUUACGGAAACUAUCUGGCUUUAUGUUUUUUUUCCUGUAUCUUGUUCAUUGUAAUCCACAUGCACAAUCUGCAUAUCCAGCGUGUAAAUGUGACCGAGUGCAAUAUUCCUUUACGUGUGCCAGACACUCGUAUAUUUGUUAUUUUUGUAAACAAUUUUAUUAAAAAAAUAAAAUCCUAUGGUUUUAUAAAAAAAA